AUGGCCGUCGCUGCCCCUGGCGACCUGGCACCGCGGCGCCGCCAGCCCAAUCGCUCCGCUGCGGAGCGGCGGGCCCAAUGUGCCCGGGCGAAGGAGCGCGCGGCUUCGCGGCUGGUGCGCGCGCCCGACCGGAUCGCGCGGCACCGCGGGCAGCGCUUGUCGGGUUUCGCCCAGGCGUUCCAGGAAGCGCUGGCCGCCGCGCCCGCCCUUGACCCUUCGCCAAGGUGCGACCGCGGCGAGGCCUGCGCCGCGCUUGCGGCUGACGUGGACGUCGACGACGAGGGCGAGACCCUCCUGGCGCGGGCGGCCGCUGACGCGGUCGCGGCCGACGCCGAGGCCGAGCCCGAGCAGUCGGAGGGGAUGGAGGUGUUCGAGGUCGCGGAGCUGGCGGCGGCGCUGCGCCGCCGCGGCCUCGGGGGCCCGCGCGGGCGGACCCGGUGCCCCUCGCGACACGUCGAGCCGCCGCUGGGCCCCGCGCGUCCGCCGCGUCGGCCACCGCGCCUGAAGCUGCGCGGGCGUCUCGCCGCGGCUCUGCGCGGCCGCGCGGCCGUCGCGUCGCGUCUCGGCGCCACCUUGGCGGAGUUGGCGGCCGUGGAGGCCGCCCUCGCGGCCGCGGGCCAUCCCAUCCCGAUUCGACCUCUCGGUUGGGCGCAG